UCACAGCAGCGGCCCGUGUUGGUUCCAGCUGACUGGCGGAGAGAGAGAGAGGGAAAUAAGAGCUAUCAUCAUCAUCAUCACCUCUGCUGCAUCGGUUCUUUUCUGGAAGCUUCUUUUAUUGCUUUAUCUUCUUUCCCCACCCCUAUACUCUUCAUCUCACCGAUUGUCCCUUUCCGGUCUUCCCCUCCGCCAGGACCGUCUAGCUGUCUCCAUGCUGCUUUUUGUCCUCUUUUAAAGCGUCUCUUUUCCCGCCAAGGGACGUUUCAUGUCCGCCGAGUGCACGUGCGGAGGACUCGGCUGCACGGGGGCGCUGUGACAGGGGCUCUCGAGGGUCCACAGAGGGUGGGGGGGUGGGGGGAGAACUGUCACCAUGGUGCCAUUUUGGAGAUAAACCUUUUUCUUCGUCAACUUCAUGUUACGCGCACGCACCUGCUGCGCGCACGCGCACCUAUAUUUUUUUGGGCGUCGGUAAUUGGAUUAUUUUCGGAACUCGAACGGGUCACUGACCCCCCCACCCUCCCCCCUCUCGUGAUAUGUCGAAACCUCUGGUGCAGCUCCUGCCGCCGGAUCUCCCCUCAGGGACCAGCCCCCACUUCGGGGCCCCCAGCUCGGUGGCCGGCGGCCCCCAGGCUGGCCCCCUCACCUCCAUGACCAACCUCAAGACCCUGCUCCAGCUGCCCAUCAAGGCCGACCAGAGGGGCCAUAAGGACUGCUGCGAGAUGAAAGACCGAGAUAAACCAUUGGACUCGGAUGAGGACUCGCUGGGAAUCGGCUCUGGAGGGCCCAACGGACUGGGGGGCAGCCUGGGCUCGGGCCCCCUGCGUCCCAACUCCCAGUCGGCAUUCCUGGGGCCCCUGUUGUGGGAGCGGACCCUGCCGUGCGACGGCGGCCUCUUCCAGCUGCAGUACAUGGACCUGGAGGAGUUCCUGACCGAGAACGGGAUGGGCAUGCACAGCAACGGGCCCAGCUCCACCAGCGCCAAGAUCCCGUCUCAGAGUUCCCAGUCGGCCGUGCCCAACCAGAGCUCCCAGUGCCCCCCCAGCUCUCCUCCAUCAUGCUCCUCCUCGUCCUCCUCCAUGUCGUCCUCCUCGUCCUCGUCCUCUCUGCUGGGACUGGAGACCGUGCAGCCCCCGCCCCAACAACAACAACAACAGCAUCAAGCUAUGAUUGGAGCACCUGAGUGCGUACACGGCGGUCAGGCCGUGGCACAGAAUCCCUCUCCAACUUCCACCUGCCCUCCUGGAACGGAGGGCACUCCGGCACCCGCCAACGGCACCAGCGACGUGCAGGUGAACUUUGACCCCGACCCGGCGGACGUGGCGCUGUCCAGCGUGCCGGGCCAGGAGGCCUUCGACCCGCGCCGGCACCGCUUCAGCGAUGAGGAGCUGAAACCUCAGCCCAUGAUCAAGAAGGCUCGCAAGAUGCUGGUGCCCAAUGAACAGAAGGACGAAAAGUACUGGUGCCGCCGCGUCAAGAACAACGAGGCGGCCAAACGCUCGCGGGACGCCCGCCGCCUAAAAGAGAACCAGAUUUCGGUGCGGGCUGCCUUCUUGGAGCGGGAGAACGCCGCCCUGCGACAGGAAGUGGCCGACAUGAGGAAGGAGCUGGGCCGCUGCCGGAACAUCAUCAACAAGUACGAGAGUCGCCACGGCGAUCUGUGAGGAGGCAGAGGGAGCUUAACGACAGCAGCACUUUAGAGGAGGAAGUGUGGCGUUGACCAGCAGGCGGCGCCGUGCCACAUGUCAAUUUAGUGCGUCCGUCAGGGCAGGAUAAGUCCGCCCACUCCCCCCUAUCCCCCAUGUAGACAUCACCUCAUGUGACACAGUUGCUCCACCCACAUUUAGGAGGGGGGUGACGUAACUUUUAAGAUAACGGUCAGGAGGGGGGUCGUCUUUUCUAUGUAUGAAAAGUAUUUUUGACAGAAAGGAGGGGCAGGGCUGCGAGGAGGCGGGUCCAAGGUGUCCAUCACGCAAAGAGAAUUCAUGUAUAUUUUUCUACGCGCGCACGCCAGCAGGGCCAGCAAGACCGCCAUUUUUCUAGCUUUUAUACAUGGGCGGAGUGUUCUGGCGACCAACAUAAAGAAUCUAUUUUCACUCAAUGCAGGCGGGGUGGUGGGGCGGGGGGUGGUAUGGGAAUUGCGUCACAGAAUGUAUCACGGUCCAAUCAGGUAUUUCCUACGGUGCAAGAGGGCGGCGUGUGCAGUUGGAGCGCGGGUUAGGGUUCAGAGGUUAGGGGGUCGAUGUACAGUCCUUACACUUUUUAUUUUUUUUUGGUUGUCCUUCAACCUCACUUCCUGCUUUGGACGCCGCGUCUGGCUCGUGUCCCCCCCCUGACGUCAUUUUACACUACCGCCACACACACACACACACACACACACACACACACACACACACACACACACACACACACACACACACACACGGGUCGUGACCCUCUUUAUCGUUGUUUUGGACUUUGAUGGUGCUGAUAUUCACCUGAAACACACACACACACACACACACACACACACUGAAAUGCCUCUUGAUUUCUGUUUAAAUCCUUUUUGCAUUGAUUUGUGCUGGCGUAUGGAUAGAAGUGUAUCUGAAUGACACGUCUACACCUCUCCUUAAAAAUCUUUCCAGCCAUGGAUGCUCCCUACUGAUAAUACUGUACUCUUCUACUCUCACAAUAUAUAUAUAUAUUUAUAUAUAUAUAUAUAUAUAUAUAUAUAUAUAUAUAUAUAUAUAUAUAUAUAUAUAUAUAUAUAUAUAUAUAUAUAUAUAUAUAUAUAUAUAUAUAUAUAUAUAUAUAUAUAUAUAAGUGUACAUGAUAUAUGCUUGAAAUAUGUGAUCAUAGUUGUAAUAUACAUCAUUGAAUAUAUUACAGGAAAAGAAAACUAUUGAAAUCAGUUUGUCAGUUUUUCUCUCAGGUGUUUUUGUCUGAGUUAAAAAAAAUAAAAAAUAAAAAAUAAAACACAUAUUAAAAAAUGAUAUGCCAAAAAAAGUCAACAUUUGGUUGCACAGUUUGUGGAUUGUUGCCGGGUGGUGGGAAGGGAAUCUGUUAUUGUUUUACUUUUUAAUCAUGUUUAUUAAAGACGCUUGACCGAUAAGCCCCGCCCACAUUUAGCUGGACUGUCAUGGCCGACACUUCGCGUGUCCAAAUGUCUUUAUCUAUUAACAUAUUUGAUCUAUCCGAUGAGCAAUCUUUAUAUUUAUUUUUCUAUCCGACCAUCUAGUUUUCUACCCAUCUAUAUCUAUGACUAUCCACCUCUGUGCUGCUGUUAGCUGAAGCGAUGCUAAUGCUAAUCUGAGAACCGUGACAAUCCAAUCAUGCUCAGGUGUGUUGAUGACCGCCAUCUUCAUUCCAACAUGAGGCCAGAUGGUCAGUUUAACAGUUGUUUCCUUCUCUCUUUUUAAUCAAACAAAGCUUGAAAGUAAAAUACCAAAAUGGGAACAAACUUACCACAUUCUGCUAAGCUGUUGUUUUCUUCCUUUUACUCGCAAAAACUCCCCAUCCCCACUAACUUGUGACUUUGAAACCUGGGGUAAAAACAGGCGUGUUUGUGUGUGUGUGUUUUCUAUUUGAGACUUUGGAACCUUUUUCUAUGUCAGUGUGCAAUUGUCCGGCCUGGUGCAAUACUCCCUCUCGCCACGUGGGGUUCACAACAUUAACCACAGCCUGGUUGUUUUCUCUUACGUUUCCUUGUUGUGACUGUUAACUACUUCUACUUCUACUAAUCUUACUAAUACAAUUACUAGCGCCACCACGUCACACUUUUAAUGACGACACCAAUAAACCGUUGUCUUUUCCAACCA